AAUCAACUUUAUUUUCGACAGGUGGAAUUAACCGGUAACAGCAUUUACGAGUAUAUCCACCCAGCUGAUCACGAUGAAAUGACAGCGUUACUCACCCUUCCACACGCUUAUCACACCCAUAUACUGCAAGAUAUUGAAAUUGAUCGUUCGUUUUUUCUAAGAAUGAAAUGUGUUUUAGCCAAGCGAAAUGCAGGCUUGACUUCUGGUGGAUACAAAGUGAUUCAUUGUAGUGGCUACUUGAAAAUCAAGCAAUACACAAUGGAUAUUUCACCAUACGACGGAUGCUACCAAAAUGUCGGUCUGGUAGCUGUCGGCCAUUCACUGCCACCUAGCGCUGUAACAGAGAUUAAAAUGUUUAACAAUAUGUUUAUGUUCAGAGCCAGUUUAGACUUGAAGCUAAUAUUUCUAGAUGCCAGGGUUGCACAACUGACGGGUUAUGAACCGCAAGAUCUGAUCGAGAAGACAUUAUACCAUUACAUACACGCCUGUGAUAUUCUCCAUAUGAGAUACUCCCACCAUACACUUCUUCUGAAAGGUCAGGUGACCACAAAAUACUACCGGUUCUUAGCCAAAGGAGGCGGCUGGGUAUGGAUGCAGAGUUAUGCCACAAUUGUACACAACAGUCGCUCUUCUCGGCCACACUGCAUUGUCAGCGUAAACUACGUGCUCAGUGACAUAAAGAAUAAAGAUGUCCCGAUCCAGUUGGAACAAACGUUAACCCAUACCAACUCAAACUACGCUUCCACAAGUGAACGCAGCACCCCACGUAUGGCCAAAGUUCGAAGCAAUCGAAUCAAGGCUCGUCGAUCACCCUACCCCCAUUUGUCCGAUGGCUCUGACUACAGCAAUGACUACUCAGAAAGACAGACCACCACUUAUGACUAUAUCCCAGACAUGUCGAUGCCAGUGCAGGGUUACCAAAGCGUUAUGUACCAACACCCGCACGAAAGCAUGGAUCGCUACAACAGCCUCUAUACGUCACCCUAUUCUCACCCGGCAAGCAUGGGCAUGUACAGGGACAGCGCAUGUGUCUAUCCAUACCAAGCCCACCAAAGAUAUUUCGACGACCCUAGCCCUUACAGGACUUACGAAGAACGUUAUUAUUCUAACAGGGAUACUUCAAACUAUCAGGGGUUUGUGGGUUCCACUCAACCAAUUCUUGAAGCUAAUCCAACUCCAACUCUACGGUUGGGACUCGGUGAGAAUGAAGCUGGGCGCGAGAACUACCGUCAGACAGACAGUUCGCAAUCGUCUUCAGCUAUUCAGCAGUAUGACUAUCGGACGACUGGUGCAUGUUCGGGGAACAGCUCUCAAGAUGCUGCGUCUUCUAGCUACAAUGCACCUAGUAAUAUGACAGGCAGCAAUAGCUAUACGGCUCCGUAUAGCAACCGGUCUGAAUCGUCUGCCUCUGAAGUCGACGUUGUGAAUGAAGAAUUCGAUAAACGCCACACGUCCAUUCAUUCUCACAGACCAACUGACCGACUCUCGACAGCAGGUGGUAACAGUAACGGAACAACUACCGCCAUUGUCGUUCCCGCUGUAGUUUCUUCUUCCUCCUCUUCUUCUUCUUCUGUUUCUGCUUCCAUUAACGGAACCGGAAGUUCUAAGUACGAAACGCUGUUGGAUGCUUCCCAUUUAGUGAAGGAAGAGAGCUACAAACCGCAGCCCACGGACCAACAGCAUUCGGCCAACGCCCAGCUAAACCCUAAUAUCUCUUCCACCCAGCGGGACUCGGUUCAUCAAUCUGUGAUCAUGCGCAGACAGUCGAAUCAAACGUACCACGUGGGUAAAGAUCCGAGGAGUGGUGGCAACAACAGCGCCAAUAAUACGACUAGCGGCAGGAAUAGUGUUGGUAGCAGCAAUGGCAAUACAGGGGGCAGCAGCAGUACGGCAAACAGCCACACGCACCAUAAUAGCAACCCUCACAGCCAACAGCACCAGCAGCACCAUCAACACCACAAUAAUAACCAACAGCAACACCACCAUCACCAGCAGCAGCAGCAAUCACAUCAUCAGCAGCAGCAACAGCAGCAGCAGCAGCAGCAGCAGCAACUCCACUCACAUCAUCAUCACCAAGCACAACACCAACAGCACCACCAGCACAGACAACAGCAUUCACAUUUACAAAGCAGUAACAUAAACAGCAACAACACUAACAACAACAACAUCUCGAGCCACAGCACGAGUAAUCAUAAUAUUAUAAUUAGCAACAACAACAACAACAACAACAACAACAACAGCAACAACAACAACAACAACAACAACAAUAAUAAUAAUAACAGUACUAAUCACAACUCGACAGCCCCAGCCUCCUCAUCGGCAUCCUCUUCAUCAGCAUUAGAGUCAGCAACAUUAUCAUUAUCACUAUCAUCAUCAUCGUCUUCUUCUUCUUCCUCUUCUUCCUCCUCCUCGUCUUCUUCCUCCACCUCUUCCUCCUCGGUGGUGGCCGUGGGUGAUUACGACAUGUCCCAGCAUGUCUACCUUAAAUCACAUCCAUCGAUGGCCAACAACACCACGCUACAUCACCACCACCAACAACAACACCAACAACACCAACAACAACAACAGCACCAACAUCACCAGCAGCAGCAGCAGCAGCAACACCACCAUCAACAACAACAACAACAGCAACACCACCAUCAUCAUCACCACGAGGAACUGAAAAGGUCAGCUGCUGCUACUGCUGCAGCGGCGGCGGCUGGGACGGUCGUCGUUGGCGUUGGUGACCCCACGGCCCAGCCGACGGUGUCAACGGUGCUGUCCGACGGUGUCAUCGCCCCAAACCUGACGCCGAACGGCGGCGGCGGCGCCGGCGUUCUUGCGACAGCGACAGCAUCGCCAACAACAGCAGCAACGUCGGUGACGUCAGCGACGUCGGUGAGCGCACACAAGCUGUUGGAUAUGCGUUCACUGCAAGAGAAGUCGUUAGCAGCGGCGGCUGCGGCGGCUGCUGCCGCGGCCGCUGCUGCUGAACAGGACGCUUACACCACUUGCCUGAAAGCCGCCUGCGGCUACGACGGCUACGCUCAAGCUGGUAUAUACCAGUCGGCGCCCAUUCAGCCGCAACGCCCCUAUCCUAUGAUUCCUCAGGCAGGUUAUACGAGUGUCAUUGUCGAUGCACAGCAAUACCAAAUGGCAAAUGGCUACGUUCACUGAGCAACAGACAUCCGGUUUCACACGAGCAGCGGCAACAGCAGCAGCAGCAGCAGCAGCAGCGCCCCCUACAUAAUGGUGCAGAGCCUUUCUUCCUCCAUUAUAUACAUACGCGCGCGCACACACAUAUAUACAUACACAUAUAUACACACACAUAUAUAUAACUAUAUUUGUGCGCAUAUAUAUAUAUAUAUAUAUAUAUAUAUAUAUAUAUAUACAUACAUGCAUACAUAAUACAUACAUACAUAUGUAUGUUUAUAUAUAUAUAUAUAUAUAUAUAUAUUUAUGUAUAUGUGUGUGUGUGCAUGCAUGUGUCAAUGUAUGUAUGUAUGCAUGUAUGUAUGGAUGGAUGGAUGGACGGAUAAACGGAAGAACGUGAAGACAGACGAAGAAAGUUAUUCAAAUUCUGGAGAUAAGACAACACAAGGUGAAACCAAGAAACAGAAAUAUGGAAAAGUUUUAUAAAACAAUCAAAACAAAUAAAUAACGAUAAAAAAAACGCUGCGACAAGGAAGAAGAACAACAAUAAUUCUAAUGAUUCAUAAAAUUUGAAGUCUCUCGGGGUUGAAUAAAAGGCGAUGAGCGGAACCCCAAAAAGUGGAAUGAAAAAAAAUUAAUAAUAAUCAUUUGUACAUUUGAAAUUAAUUAAAAGGAACGUAAAGGAAAUGAUUAUUAAUUGAAAACUGAAACAUUAAUAAUUAUAAUUAUUAAAAAAAAUUAACUGACAUUGUGGUCUUUGUGCAGAUUAAUAUUGUUGAUGCUGGGGAGGAGAAUAACGAUGGACAUACGACAUGGAAGCGUGUUUGUGUGUCUGAAGUGUCAUAAUCCAACAUGGCGGUGAAAAUGGGAGAUAAAUAUUGCAAGGGAGAUAAAUAACUGUAAGAAGAAAGUGAGAUGAUUAACGAUAAUAGAAAAAAACAAAGGAGUAAGGGAUACGUAAAUAAAAGAGUCAAACUCCACCAAUCAAAUAUCUGAUCUUGAUGAAAAACUACGUUGAUGAUAAUAAACCAAUGAAUAAAACACAAUAAAAAUAUAAUAAAACAAAUAUCUCCAGAAGAGAAGAGCGACAAAAAAAAUUUAUUGUAAUUAUUAUUAUAUUGAUAUUAUUAUUAAUAUUAUGUCGCUUAGAAUUUAUAUAAAUGUAACUGAAAAUAAAGAAUUUUAAUAAACAAAAUGAAAAUAAGCAAAUAUCAACCACAAGAAUAACAAAAAGAAAAAGAAAAAGAAAUAUAUAUUGAAUUUAAAACGACAAAAAGGCGGAAAAAUAGCAAAGACAAUAUUUAAACAGAAACAAUGAAAAACUGAAAUUUUGUU